AUGAACGAUAAUAAUCAAAUAAUGAACACGAAUGUAAUCAAUGAUCAAUUAAGUGAAGAUUUUCCUGAAAUAAGUAAACUCAGUAAAGAAGAUUUACAAGAUUUAUUAAAAGAUGAAGAAUAUUUUAAUUCAAGAUUUAUUUUAUUAAAUGAAGUGAAAAGUUUAUUUGAAAAUCAAUCUGGAUUGAUUGCAGCUAAUGAAGUGAUUGCAAAAUUCAUUCAAGUUUAUAUUAGUCUAAUUGAAUAUGAUGUUGUAGAGAAGAACCUUUCUUUGAAAGAUCAAUUGACCAAAGUUAGGGAUGAGACUAGUCUUGCUUUCGAUCAUACCCAUUCACUUAUGAAACAAUUCCAAGAAUUAACAAAAGAACAAAAUGAACUGUACCUACCAUUUGGAGAACAAUCAAAUCGAUCAAGAUUAUUAACAGCUUUACAUGAAUCUAAUCAAUUAACUGAAAACUUAUCAAGUGAAUUCGUUGAAGAAGGUUUAAUUGAAGAAGAUGUGUUUGUUAAAGAGUUUAAAGAAGAAAGGAUCAAGUUUUAUAAAAGAUCAAUCAUUGUUGAUAGAUGGAAUCAAGGCAAGAUUAAAUGGGAUUAA